AUGACGUCGGUCUCUUUCCCUCCCAGCAGACCCGACAGGAAGCUAUCGCCAUUCGGAGGCACAUUGACCGGUGGCUUUGGAAGUCAGCCUGACGCGAGCAAAAACGUUUUCGGCCUCAAUGGGGCGGGUGCCGGCGGUGGGCAGCGGUCGACACGCAACUUGAAUAACCAGCCUCCCGAUAUGACGACUCCUGCGACAAAGCGGAAGGGCGUCAACCCGUUCGAUGGCACCAGCUCAGACGAUAACCGACGACGAAAAAACACGAAGGGAGAUUCACAAGGCGACUGGAAGAAGAAGGGUCCCAAGUCGCAAGGCGCGAAGCCAAAUGGCGCGAAGGCGCCGAAAGGGUUUGGAACCGCUCAGUCGCGCGGUGGUUUCGGCACCCAAAACAACAACAAUCACAGCUCGGGAUCUACCGACUACGAAACGGACGACGCGAAUGGCGAAUUGAAAGGUGACGGCACUGCGUACUCCGACAAAAUCUUCUCGCAACUACGACAGGAUGGAAUCGCACCACCAAAAUGGCCGUCCGAUCCAGGAAAUACGUCGUCCAAGGCCGCGAUGGCCAAGUUCAGGGAAGAAUACAAGACAUAUCGCGAUCGGGCUAGGACGUCACUGAUGCGCGCCGGCCUGAUUGACGACCCCGAUAAGCCAAAGCGGUUGGAAGACGCGAUUGACUUCAAAGGCAUCUGCGACGCGAUGUGCCCCGACUUCGAGAAGAUUACUCGCAUCACCGAAUUCGACGUUCAGUCCGCCGAAAAGGAUCCCCGAACGACUUUUGCCAAUAUAUCAAAGAUGGUUAAGAAGCUGGCGCGUUCCGCAGCUGGCCAGGAGGCUCCGCUACCAAUGGAUGUCAGAUCCACAGCCGCCCUCAGAAGGACGCUCGACUACCUCAUCGACGACCUCUUACCGAUCGACGACAAGCUACCCUCUUCGCAUGGUUUUCUGUGGGAUAGAACACGUGCGAUUCGCAGGGACUUCAUCUUUCAUUCGACAAUGUCUCCCGAGGAGAUGAAGGACCAGGUUUACUGUCUCGAGACAAUUGCCAGGUUUCACGUUACAGCUUUACAUUUGCUUUCUCAGGAAGGAUUUGCGCCAGAAGACUUCUCUGAACAACAAGAAAUCGAGCAACUGGGGAAGGCAUUGCUUUCGCUUAUGUUUGCUUACGACGAUUGCAAGCCGCAAGGCGUUGUUUGCGAAAACGAGGCCGAGUUCAGGGCAUAUCAUUUGCUUUUCAGCGCAAAUACUCCCAAUAUCCUCGAUAAUGUGCAAAAGGAAUGGGGAGACUCUCGAUUCUGGACCGAAUCCGAUACCAUCAGAACAGCUGUCUCACUUGUCGAGAGUCUGCAGAGCGCAGAGGACUUCCACGGCCCCUUGGGCUCGGGCCCGUCCAUGGCAACAUCGGGUGCACACCUCACUUACUUUAGAAUCCUCCAAAGCCGAGAAGUGUCUUAUACAAUGGCAUGUUUUGCGGAGAUUCACUUAGGUCAGCUGCGCCGCUCAGUUCUUCGCUCUUUGAAGAAGGCGUACACCAGACCGCGACACGGGGCGAAAGAUAUUACGCCCUCUUCGCUAAACCGAUUUCUUCACUUCGACACAGAAACCCAGGCGAUUGAGUUUGUCGAGCAGCAUGGUCUCAGCUUCUCAAAUGGACAAGGACCAGCGGGCGAACCCAUACGAUAUCUGGAUACCUCACAACGCAUGACAUGGCCGAGAAUCCAUCACAGUUUCUCUCAGAGAUUGGUUGAGAGAAAACGAGGCUCCCGUAGUCUUCCUGAGAUCAUCCACCGCACAAUUGCCGACGAAUCCACGGGCGCUGGCCAGCAGGCUCCUACAGGAUUUUCGACGGGGCCAGCUUCAUUCAAGCCGCCUCCACAGCAGGCUCCUUUUGGAAGCCACUCAACAACGAACGCAGACUCUCCUUUUUUCAAGUUGCCUUCUUCAGCACCCCAAGGAGGCACCUCGACGGGACUCACGGGUACGCCGUCUUUCGACAAAGCACCGUUGUCGACGUCAAAUUCAUUGCGACUCUCCUCCGCCGGACCAAUUCUCUUCAGUCAAGAUCGAACGUCACAGUGCCAGAUUUCAGACGUGGCAAUACUUGGUGUGGCUGAUCAACUGGCAGCCGUUUCAGAGGUUGAGAAGCGCUCAAACAGUCAUCGCAAUCAGGACGAGAUGACUAGCAAUGAAUUGUCAAUGGCACAAAAAGAAGAGGGCAGGCAUAGCCAAGCCGGAUAUCUGCUAACAUUGUGUCCCACAGCAACUGAAGGCCACAAGCCUACCUCGACGAAUUCCAGCCCAUUUGGAAACCCUUUCUCAACAGCUCCAUCACCAUUCACUGGUGCAUCCUCUGUUCAACAAGGCGGCUCGGCCUCAUCAUCGUCAUCAACAGCAACGCCGGCUCUGAAUCCAUUUGCCGCGAAGACAAGCCCUUUUAGCAAGCCAAACGCGGCAGCCGAGAGCGCGACGCCUAGUAGCAACCCUUUCGGGUUGUUAAAUCAACCAAAUGGCACUUCCCAGCCCAAAGCUCCGAGUAUCCCGGCAUUCUCUUCUCCGGCCUUCGGCAGCGGCGCACAACCCAAAGCACAGGAGCAAGCGCAGCCAGCUACCUCGACAGAUGGCUCUCCGGCCAUCACCGUCACUCCGCCCACACCAAAGUUCCCAUUGUCAACGUCAGCGACAGCCGCAGAGUCGUCAACGCCUUUCAAAUUCUCAUCAAAUACUGGCGUGCAGUCCGCGACUCCGAACGCUCCUAGCAGCCCUUUCCAGCCAAAUCCGAAAUCAUCUGCGACACCGCAGCUACCCUCCUUCUCGGCAGGCGCGGCAGCUCCCGCUCAGCCGGCAAAGCCUCUUACAACAUUUCAACCUCCACCGAAUCAGCCUCCCAGCCUUGCUCCUACUACGGCAGCUCCAUCCGUUCUCUCCGGGUCCGGGCAAUCCCCAUUACCUUCCUUCAACUUCCAAGGGGUUAGUUCGGAAGCCGUAAAGCCAGCGCCCUCGCCUCAGCAGAGCUUCCCUCCAGCUGUCGCCUCGCCCGUACCAACUGCAGCUUCUCCACUUGCCCAGGCAAAACCUCCUCAAGCUCCGCCUGUGAAACAGCGGUCCAAGCAAGAUGUCAUGGCCGACUUCGCGAAAUGGUUCGUCACAGGUGACAACGGGCUGAUACAAGAGUUCGAGAAGUACAUGGUUGAACAGCUCGUCUCGGCCGCUUUUGAACAGCAUCACAGGGAGGAAGAGGAAAGGAAACGAAGGGAGGAGGAAGAGAGAGACCUGGCAGAGGCACGGAAGUUCCAGGUCUACAACCUUUCCGUCAAGUACUUCUAUCGAUGGAGGGAAAUCGCCAGAAACCUUCGCCUCACCAAGCUUCGCAGACAAGAAAGGGAGGAGUACCGAAGGGCUCAGCGGGAACAACGGGAGGAAGAGAUCAGGCAGAGGAAGAAGGCGGCUAAAGUUGCCGAGGCGAAGAAAAAGGCCAUGGAGAGGAACGGUUUCGACCCUGUGGAGGAAUUCAGAGAGCUCCUUCAGCUCAGAAAAGACGGCACACAAGCCGACUUGCAAGCCGAAGCAGAGGCUUUGCUAGCGACCGGCAUUCUGUCAGGCGUCUCGGACGAACGGGUUGCAGCCGCCAAUGUCAUCCGGGCCCCAGCGACGAUGGAAACACUUGCGACGAACACGCCUUUACCUCGAUCUCGCUCGUCAACAGCCUUAUCGCAGUCGACUACGGGUGCUAAGCCCCGCGGCGCGAAAACGCGGGCCAUACGGGAAGAGUUUGGCAAGAGCGCUACCAAUUUCCGACGAUCACUGCCUCCCAUGUCAGCACACUCCUCAUCAUCACGAAUGUCUUCAGAGCCGCAGAAGCGCGUUAGCAAAGUGUCUGAUCGCUGGCGUCUGAAGGCGAUGGGCCUCGUCACGAUGCCCGACGGAACAGCGCUGCCGGAGACCAUCGCAAACGAGAUGCGGUACAAUGGGAAACGAUAUGCAGGGCUCGGGUCAUUCGGCUUGGACGGCACCGAGCGACGCCGGAGCGUCUCUGCGGAUCUCAACCACGCAGCCGAGGCCCGAUUACGCUUUUCGCAGUCGCUCAACGGUGGCAGUGGCAGUAGCAGUGGUAGCGCUGCCGCCGUGCCACAGGUCAACGGGAUCUCACCGCUUAGUAAGAGGAAACGGGCUCUCGAUGACGACGACAACGAGAUUGCUGUCGCGGACGAAGCCGUCACACGCGUCAAGAAGCGGCCAUCGAGCAAUGCGGAAAUUGAUAGAAUACUUCGGGAGGCGAGGGAGAAUCUGGAAUCGUUGAGGAGUUCGAGGAUCGAGCUUGACGAAGGGGCAGAUUGGUUCAGGGAACAGAACGAGAUGAUGCACGCGGAGGAGGCGAGCAGGGCUAGCUCGCCGUGGGGGAAAGACGGUCAUCGGUGA